AUGUCCAUGGAGGCGGCUCUUGAUGAGGAGAGAUUGGACGUCUUGGAGCUCCUGCAAGGGCUAUCGAAUAAACCCUCUCGACAACCCAGAGUGCCUGGUAGCCCUGUGGGACCAGGACCAGCACUCCUCGGCCGGUCAUCGUCGCCAUAUAAUGCUCACCGUUCGCCGGUGCGGAGCAUGCUAGACGUAGUGGAAGACCCCAGGCCGCGGAACUCAUCGAUAGCAGGGACGAGUAGUAGCGGUGUCACACCAAUUCGGAGCAUGCUCGAUAUUGGCCCCCCCGCACCUCAAAUCUCCAAGAGUGCAAGUACCUCGCCAACAGAUAGCUUCCCUUCACUAUCUCUACUCCCAAAACCGCUUUCGGAAAUCCCGCCACACCAGCCCCAAGGCCGAUACAAGGGCGAUGUCACGGAUAGCUACCAGUUUUCGGGUUAUCUGCACAGCAACCCAGGCGCGCCGCUAGCCCCAAAAAGAAAUACAUUGGCUGGCAAGAAGGCAGUGCCUGCUCCCUUGCCUGAAGGUGUACGAGUCGACUUACCUGGAUAUAGUGCCAGGGAUAAAGUGCAUGCUAUGUGUACAACAGGUAUAGGGUCAAGCAACAAGUCUAAAUCACCACAUAACCGCCACAGCUUGCGCUCGAGUUCCCCUGCUCUUGGACCUCCUCCAACAUCGAACAUGCUGGUAAUGGACAGCGGUGCUGUUGUUGACAAGGACAGUGCGUAUAGGCGCUUAUCUGAUGCCAACUUGGCUCGCGCAGGUGGAAGCUUCUCAGCCCUUACAACCAAGGCCCGAAGAAGAACAGAUAGCAAUGAUAAGAGGGACCAGCGACUGCAGAAAGAUUACACAUUUACUGGCGCUGAAGAUGUCGUCGAAAGCAGCGACGAGGCUAGCACAGGCGAAGACGGUCCCAGGGGCAGGAGGAGUGAGAAACGGACUAGUAAAGUCGACGAUCAUCCUGAAUCCAAGACUGUCGCGGAAGAAGAAAGGCAGAUGAUGGAAAACAAGCAACAAUACAAAGUCAGAUCACUCCUAGAGCCAGAGAUCACCAUUACGGGGCCAGGUGGUGAUCGACUCAAGGGAGCAGCAAAGCCGGGAGUUCAUCCAACGAACGCGUUUGAUCAUGAAGGCGGCUCAGGGCUGAGCACUCCUCAUGAUUCCGACACGGAACAGGAAAUUUCUGACAUCAGGCGUGCUCAGAGGCUCGCGAUAAAUCUCACUCCUAUCAUAUCAACGCCUGAAACACAAAGAAGCGUUAGGACUCUAUUCCGCGGAGAUUUUAACCAGAUGCAAAAAGAAGCCGAGUACCAGCGACGUGUGAGGAAAUACUUGGUCGCGACCGAUCUUUCGGAGGAAGCUGCUCAUGCUCUCGAGUGGACAGUGGGAACUGUUCUGCGUGAUGGAGAUACUCUCCUCGCCAUUUAUUGCGUGGAUGAGGAGACAGGAAUCAUCCCUGACACCAACAUCGGGUCAGACGAUACAGCGACAAUAGAGAAACAAGCUGCCUCCAUCGCGUCCGCGACCCACGCUAUACCCCCCCCUAGUAUUUCAAGUUACUCUACUAUGUCCUCUCACUCUCAUAUUCCAUCUCCGUUGGGUACGCCGCGGACUGAUGUAUCUGCCUCGCCUAUGAGCCGUGAUCGGCCUCGCACUGAGCAGGAGCGCCAUCGCGCUAUCGAGGAUAUCACAGAGCGAGUUUCGAAGCUGUUGCGGAAGACGAAGUUGCAAGUACGCGUUGUUAUUGAGGUUAUCCAUUGCAAGAGUCCGAAGCAUUUGAUUUGUGAAGUGAUUGAUUAUUUCAACCCGACAUUGGUUAUUCUGGGAAGCAGGGGCAGAAGUGCGCUUAAAGGUGUCAUCCUGGGAUCUUUCUCAAAUUAUCUUGUUACGAAAUCUUCUGUGCCUGUCAUGGUCGCUCGGAAACGCCUUCGGAAGCAUACCAAGUAUAAACGGUCCAGCGUACGGCUUGCCAACAACCUCACUGGGGUCAGUGGCAAGACGCUGGCAAGUGCAAAGAUUGACUGA